GUUGAGGAGACAGUGAUUGCAAACAAUAACAAGCCUCGGUCAUCGACUGACAUAGGCAUUGGCCCGUGGAGGACUGCUUCCUACUUGAACCCUUCUUUCACUGUCGAAAAAGCAUGUGAGGAGAACUCGAAGGAAACAGUGACAAAUGGAGAAGCGUCAAUAACAGGACAUCUUCAUAUUGGUAGUGUCAAGGAUCACAUAAACAGCACGAAGUUCAACCAUGGCGACUGA